GUGCAUCGGCUGGCUGAACCAGUUGCGCCAGCCAAUCGUCGCUAUGGAUCAAAGUCACAAGCGACGCCUCGUUCCUGGGUGCAUUUUAAUACAGUAAGCUCCCUAGCAUAGGAGGGGCGCCGCCGGCCGUACGUCCACUUGCCUCCCUCCUCCCCGGCCGUACUAGGCUGAGUUCCCGCCGCCGGCGAGAUGAGCUCGGCCUCGGCGCCUCGUGAUGAUGCCGCUAUUCCUCCCUCCGUAGCCACGACGAGGUACGCUCGUUCAUACAGCGACCGCCGUCUGUCAAUUGAUUCAUCUGACCGGCCGAUCGUUGCAAGGGAGGAGGAGAGGAACGACGUCAUCGCGAGGCGGACGAAGAGGAUGACGUACUCGAGGGGGCUCCUGCUCGCCGUCGGCAGCUUGGAGGCAUGCAAGCUGCUGCCCGCCCACGCCGACUUGGCCAAGCACCCCGAUGAUGCCGCACUGUGGGUUCCUGGAGGUGCUCCUGGAGGCAUAGGGGAUCCGGAAUUGCCUCGGCGAAACCGAGUGCCGGAGGCGUUUGAAGCAGGCGCGGGAAGCAAAUCCAAGCCAUGCGUCAGGUUCUUCAGUACCGCAGGUUGCCGCUUUGGUUCCAACUGCCACUUCAUCCACGACAUCCCGGGCGGCUCCCAGGCCGUCGCAGAAACGAGCAUCCCGAGUGGCCCAGCUCCAGCUCCAAAAAUAACAGGUAUGCGAUUAGUUAAUCAACAGCUUGUUAACAUGGCGCGCAUAAUUAAUUUGAUUCAACAGAAUCGGAGUCAUUUCAAACAGGUGUAGGAAGCAAA